AUUAGAAAGGAUAAAUAAAUAAAUAAAUGAAAAAUAUUAAAGGGAAAAGAAGAGAAAAGAAAAACACAUGGAAAUAUUGAAAUUCUAAGCUCAUCUCAUCCCCCAAUUAGACCCAAAACAAACCACCUCUCUCUCUCUCUCUCUCCCAACGACCAAACCCUAAUCCAUUCCUAUUUAUUCAUCUCAAAAUUCUUUUCCGGUUGCUUUAAUCCGAGGCUUCUCUUCAGAUCUGUUCCACAUCAGGUUUAUUUCAUUUUGACAAGUAUUUUAGAUGGAUGAUGAUAGUGCAGAUUGAUAAAAUGUCUGCUCCAUCCAGGGAGCAUGCACAGCGUCUUUAUGAAAGGAAUGUAGAGUUGGAAGCUAAUCGUAGGAGAUCAGCUCAGGCACGGGUACCUUCAGAUCCCAGUGCCUGGCAGCAGAUGCGUGAGAACUAUGAGGCAAUAAUUCUUGAGGACCGUGCUUUUUCUGAGCAGCACAAUAUUGAAUAUGCUUUAUGGCAGUUACAUUACAAGCGGAUUGAGGAAUUAAGGGCACAUCAUAGUGCUGCUUUAGCAUCUUCAGGAUCGAACACAUCUCAGGGUGUGCAAGUUCCUCCUCGACCUGACAGGCUUACAAAAAUAAGACUGCAGUUUAAGACUUUCCUUUCGGAAGCAACAGGAUUUUACCAUGAUCUGAUUUUGAAAAUCAGAGCAAAGUAUGGACUCCCAUUUGGGUAUUUUUCUGAUGAUUCAGAAAGCCAAAUUAUUAUGGGCAAAGAUGGGAAGAAAUCUGCCGAUAUAAAAAAGGGUUUAGUGUCUUGUCACCGUUGUUUGAUAUACUUGGGAGACUUAGCGCGGUACAAAGGACUAUAUGGAGAUGGAGAUUCUAAAUCACGUGAGUAUGCAGCUGCUUCGAGUUACUACUUGCAAGCUGCAUCAAUUUGGCCAUCAAGUGGGAAUCCGCAUCAUCAGCUUGCUAUAUUAGCUUCAUAUUCAGGAGAUGAGCUGGUGGCCAUUUAUUGGUAUUUCCGGAGUUUAGCUGUUGAUAACCCUUUUUCAACUGCAAGGGAUAACUUGAUUGUAGCAUUUGAGAAGCGUUUGCAGAAUCGCCAUAAUUACUCGCAGCUCCAUGGGGAUGUUAAGACCCCCUUCAAGGAGCCUGCUGUGCGGCUAUCGGGAAAAGGCAGGGGGAAAUUGGAAGCGAAGCUUGCAUCUAAAGAUGCCAACAUGGAACCAAACCCUUCUAAGGAGAAAGUAUCUGGUUUCCGGGAUAUUUUUAAGUCCUUUUGCAUUCGAUUUGUGCGUCUUAAUGGCAUUCUUUUUACACGCACAAGCCUGGAGACUUUUGCAGAUGUUCUUACUCGGGUUAGCCGUGAUUUAUGUGAACUUCUCUCUUCUGGGCCAGAAGAGGAACUGAAUUUUGGCACAGGUGCUGCUGAGAAUGCACUUCUCCUUGUUAGGCUGGUUGCCAUUCUCAUAUUUACAGUUCACAAUCUGAAGAGGGAGAGUGAAGGUCAAACAUAUGCUGAAAUUGUACAGCGUGCUGCCCUGCUUCAGAAUGCAUUCGCUGCUGUUUUUGAGUUGAUAGGACUUGUAGUAGAGAGAUGUUCACAGCUCCGGGAUGUUUCUUCAAGCUACACUUUACCUUCUAUUUUGGUUUUUUUAGAAUGGCUAGCUUGUUGCCCUGAUAUUGCAGCUGCUGGUAGUGAUGUUGAUGAGAAACAGUCAAUUACUAGAUCUCUUUUCUGGAAACAUUGUGUGUCAUUGCUGAAUAAGAUUUUGUCAAUUAGGCCAAGGUGCAUGGAUGAUGAUGAAGAGGAGGCCUGCUUUUUCAAUAUGAGUAGGUAUGAAGGAGAGACUGAAAACCGUCUUGCAUUGUGGGAGGACUUUGAGUUGCGAGGGUUCUUGCCUCUUGCUCCUGCACACUCCAUUUUGGACUUCUCAAGGAAAUGUUCCUUUGUAAGCGAUGGCAAUAAGGAAAGGAAAGCCCGUGUCAAGAGAAUUUUGGCCGCUGGGAAGGCUCUAGCUAAUGUCAUAAGGGUUGAUCAGAAAACUGUUUGUUUUGAUUCAAAAGCUAAGAAAUUUCUUAUUGGUGUUGAGCCAUUUGCAGAUGUCACAGUGAGCGCCGCUACCCCUGUGGUAACGAAUAGUGAGGUGCAUGAAACCCCCUCUGAGAAUAUAACUAAUAUUGGAAAUGUUCAGCCAAUCCCACAACCUAGAACGGUUGGUGAAGAAGAUGACGAUGAUGAUGAAGUGAUUGUUUUCCAGCCGGCUAUGAGUGAGAAGAGAACUGAGGUGAUGGAUCACAAUCAUCCCCCCUCUGAUAUUUUGAAGCUUGAUCAAAGUAGUUCUGCUGGUGAUCUCAAAUUUUAUGGCAGCACUAUGCCUGCUCCUUAUGAUAGUCUUCACCAGCAUGACACAUUUGAUGCUAGUCAUCCACUGCCUGCAUCUGUUGGUAAUUUUCUCCCUCAGCAUCUGCAGCCUGUUCAGAUGCAUGGAUCUAGGUGGUCAGUAGAAGAAGCUACUUCUCUGGCUAAUAGCUUAAAAAGUUUGAAAAUAUUGGAGAAUGGGCAUUUAACUAAGAGUCAGAUGGAAGAUAAUUUAGGCUUUUCUCAUCCUGCUGCUCAUUCAGUUGCUAUCCAACAGCCCAUCAAUGUUCAUGCUAGUGGUAUGUACUGCAGUCGGACAAAAAUUUCAGAAACUGUGAUGCCAUCCAGAAUUAAUGCUAUUGUGUCAUCUGAAGUUACUGGUGAUGAUUUGGCUGCUAGAACUACCUCAUCUUCACUAGUUGGAAUGCAGAAGAAUCCUAUUAGCCGCCCGGUCAGGCAUCUUGGUCCGCCACCAGGUUUUAGCCCUGUUCCUCUAAAGGCGCUGAAUGAAUCUGUUUCUGCUGUAGAAUUGAGGAACCCUCUGAUGGAUGAUUAUAGUUGGUUGGAUGGACAUCAGUUGGCAUCAUCAUUAGAAGGCUCUACGCGUGAGAGUUCUCUCUAUUAUGUAUCUCAUGCUGAUCCCCAACAUGUAAAUAACAGAAGCAAUGGCUUCACUGGAACGGUAAGCUUUCCUUUCCCUGGAAAGCAAGCUCCUGCAGUGCAGUUUCAUAUGGAAAAGGAUAAAGGCUGGCAGGACUACAAUACUUUUGAGCAUCAUCAUGAACAGAAAUUGCAUCAACAGCAACUUGUGAAUGGGAACCAGCAGUUUAGCUUACUGCCUGGGCAGUAUCCAGGACAAUCAGCCUGGACAGGUCCUUAUUUUGUGUGAAAUCAAUAUGCAAGUGUAGCUGAUUUGUUUUUGUUCUCAAGGUUCUUGAGAAUGGUUACUGUGAAUGUAUUGCUUCCAUUUGCCUGCCAAGUUCAAGUCCAACUUUGAGGCACUGUCAGUGUUGAGUUUUUGAUGGAGCAUGGGAAGCAUUGGCUUCCAGCAGGCACUUGCUGCUAGACAAAUUUAGCCAGAUUUGUAGAGGAAGAUUGAGGAAAUCAAUCAAUCUUAUGAGAUGCGGAAUUUGCAAGGGAGUAAAUGCCUUAACCAGUCACUUUGGGAUGGAGAUAGAAGGCCUAAAUAAAGAUGAUCUGUUGAUUUUUGAGGCUAUCUAUCUUGAGGAGUUUUGGUGAAAUAAACUUGGUUUAGUAUGCUAUAUAACUUUCCAAAUGUCUGCCUAUAGAUUGCUGCUUAUAAAAUUCUGCAAGCAGCAGAUGAUAAGAUAUAAAUGAUAUGGUGGCCCAAUUCUCUGCCGAUACUGCUUUGAGAACUCUAGUUGAGAGGUAUAAGAGCAACGUAUCAAUGAAUGAACGGUGGGAGGGAUUGGAAAUACUCGGAAUGUGUACUUCUAACAUCUCUCCAUAUAUGGUGGUGAGUAUUGAAUAAAGACUUCAUUUUGUUAUAGAUUUUAGUGAUUUGUUGAAAUUGGGGGAUCAGUCGAAACUACCUCUAUUAUGAAAUACAUAAAUAAAUUAAUGAAUGCUUUGGAUAA